UUUUAUUUGUGGAGAAUGUGUUAUGCACGUUUAUCUGUAGGUGGAACCCGAGAAGUAAUAGCCAUCGAUGUCCAAACGCAAGAGGAUGGAAUCGGACUGACGUUAGAUGAAUUUCUAAAACUUGCCGAAAAGGUGAUACUACCCCUGGCGGUGCGGGAGCUGAGCUGGGCGGAUCAGCAUUUUCCAGAAUUAAAUGAUGUGCCACCGGAAAGUCCGUAUGCUAAGCCCGAAGUGCAGAAAUACUGUCUGAUGUCCGCUCAAGACAGCUAUACGGAUUUUCACAUUGACUUCGGUGGAACGUCCGUGUGGUAUCACAUUUUUAAAGGGAAAAAGAUAUUUUAUUUGAUUGCGCCGACGGAUUCCAACUUGGAAAAAUAUGAAGAGUGGAUGAAAUCCGAUAAGCAGUCAGAAAGGUUUUUGGGCGCCGAAUGCCACUGCUAUAAACUGGAGCUAAAUCAAGGCGAAACCAUCCUCAUGCCUAGUGGCUGGAUCCAUGCUGUUUAUACUCCGGAAGAUAGCCUUGUUUUUGGAGGAAAUUUUCUCCACCAUCUUGGCGUUGAAAUGCAGCUAAAGAUCAACAAAAUGGAAGAUCGCCUUAAAACUCCGUUACGUUAUCGAUUUCCGCAUUUCUAUACAGCGUGCUGGUACGCGCUGAACGAUAUGACCGAUCGUUUAGCGGAUUUCGUCGAAGAGCAUAAAAAACCCCGCAAGAUACCAAAAUUCUUGACUGCGGGAUGUAAAUGUUUGUAUACAGCGUUUCUGGAUUGGAUGGGAGAUGACGAGGGAGCGAAAACUAAACGGCAUGAAGUACCAGAGACCAUUGAUCCCUUUGAGACCAUGAAACGGCUGAAGCGAUUUUUAAAAAAACUCGCUAUGUUGUAGAUAGCCUUUUGAUUAAGCGUGGACCAGUUGGAUGCAUUUACCUACCUGUGCAGCAUAUGUAGUAUAAAUACGUAGCGCGGAGCUCAUUCUGAUCUGCCUCUUUUAGAAUUCGUUGUUCGUCUAUCCGUGAAGAUGUUGUUAUAGUGUAAUUAUUUUGUUUUGUAUGGGUUUUACUUGUAAUUAAUUAUUUAAGUUUUGUUGAAUCUAACAGUAUUGCACUUGAUUUCGGACACAUUUGAUGGGAACACUGCCGGUAUCGUGAGUGUCUUUGUUGAUUAUGAUUUUAAUUUAAUGAAUAUUUGUGAAUGGGCCAAUGUUCUUUUAACUUUUUGUUAGUGUCUUUUUUAGUUUUCUUUUUGUGGUAUUAGUGUUUUGUGGUUUUACCCGGGUGUUACGAAGUGUGUAUGAGAUUGUCGCUGUUUCGGCACAUUUGGAAAGGUGGGACUGAUUGUCUUGUGUUGUUGUUGACGUUGGUGAGAAUAAACA